GCUGUGUAAGCUGUGAGUACGGAACCUGGGUCACCUGGAAAAGCGGCAAGCACUCUUGGCACUGAGCCAGACCUUCCUAGAGAGAAGGACACAGGCCCAUGUCAGAAGUGAGGAGACUUGGUCAGGGAUCAAGGGUUGGGAUAUGAUUUAGUAGGUUUCUUGGCUAAUAUGGGGCUGGACAGACCAAGGACAGGACCAUCGUCAAAGUGGGGUCUCAUGGAGAAGAGUAUUGAGGAGUAACUUUUUCUCACUGUUUUGUAAAACUGUGUCUCUGGCUGGGUGGUGGCGGCACAGGCUUUUAAUCCCAGCGUUCCAGAGGCAAAGCCAGGUAAAUCUGAGUUCAAGGACAGCCAGGGCUACGCGGAGAAACAGUGUCUCAACAAAACGAAAACUUGGUCUCCUACUGUCUAAAUUAUUCUCCACCUACCCCACCCCACAAGAUGUUGGAUUUCUGACCCUUCCUCUGCCACUCAAAUGAGACUGCAGGCAUGGUGCUGGGGAUGGAGCUCAGAACAUCGUGCAUCCUUGCAAACGCUACCAGCUGAGCCGCAGCCUGAGUCUUUUCACCAAAUACUGUUCAAGGAAGGCUUGUGAGGAGGGGGGUACUUGGGCUACAUGAGACCAGGAGCUUCAAGUCUGGGUGCCUGCAGGCUCCGAGUGCAGGUGUGUGCCUGCAGAAACUUAAGGCUUCCAGGCCCUUUGCCCACAGACCUCACUCUUCCGCCCGGCCCUGCCGUCCUGCCCUUCGUUUCCGCCCUCAUCUCGCACAUCCAAUCGCAGAGGCCUCAGCGGUUCCGCUUGCCGCUCCAACAAAUCAUGACUAGGAGGUUCCACCACUACGACCAUUCAGAGCGAGGCCAUCCUUGUACAAUGGCCAAUAGGAACGUAGGAUCAUAGGCCUAGUGGGCCGGACUGCGGCCAAAGGACAUGCGCGAUUCAGGCGGCCAAUGGCCCGCGGCGCGUCGGUUGUGGAUUUGCAGCUGCUCCCCGCGGCAGUGGGGCGGGGUCCAGGGUCCGAGCCUGAGUACCCUGCAAAGGACACUUUCCACUGAGCCUUUGAAGUAGCCACUGGUUACUCUCCUACCGCGUGUGGAAACUGGCCCGGAGAGGAGACAAGUACCGGCAGAUCCGACUUUCAGGGCUCUAACACGCAGUGAAUGGUGGCAGCUAUGCCACUGUGUGGGCGGAGAGCCAUGUCGGAAGACAGCAGGGCAGAUGGCACUGAAGCUCAGCCCCUGGUACCCACAGAAAGCUUGAUGGUGCUGCUGCACUGGGCUGGGCCGGAGGGCGGGGAGCCUUGGGUCACCUUCAGCCAGAGGUCUCUGACUGCCGAGGACAUCUGCAUCCAGAUUGCACACAAAGUCGGCAUCACUCCACCCUGCCUGAAUCUCUUUGCCCUCUAUGAUGCACAGGCCAAGGUCUGGCUGCCCCCAAACCACGUCCUAGACACAUCCCGAGAUGUGAGCCUACGGCUGUAUUUCCGAAUGAGGUUUUACUUCCGGAACUGGCACGGCAUGAGUCCCCAAGAGCCAGCUGUGUACCGAAGUGGUUCCCCGGGGUCAGAGCAGGGUGUGCAGCUCUUGGACUCUGCCUCAUUUGAAUACCUCUUUGAGCAGGGAAAACAUGAGUUCAUGAAUGAUGUGGUGUCUCUGCGGGACCUGUCUAGUGAGGAAGAGAUCCAUCACUUUAAGAAUGAGAGCUUGGGCAUGGCCUUUCUGCACCUCUGCCACCUUGCUCUCUGCCGCGGUGUCCCCCUGGAGGAGAUGGCCAGAGAGAUCAGCUUUAAGAACUGCAUCCCUCGUUCCUUCCGCCAGCACAUCCGUCAACACAAUGCGCUCACGCGCCUGCGUCUCCGCAGAGUCUUCCGGCGAUUCCUGCGGGCCUUUCGGCCUGGCCACCUCUCCCAGCAGGUUGUGAUGGUUAAGUACUUGGCCACCCUGGAGCGGCUGGCUCCUCGAUUUGGCUCAGAACACAUACCGGUGUGUCAUCUGGAGGUGCUGGACCAGCCUGAGAGGGACCCCUGCUACAUUCAGAACAGUGGGCAGACUACUGGGGACCCAGGCCCAGAGCUGGCCACCAGGCUUCCCACCCACGAGGUACUGGUGACAGGCACCAGAGGUAUCCAGUGGCGUCCAGUACAGAUCCAGGAAUCUGCUAGAGGUAACAGCAGAGGGAAUCCCCAAGGCAACCGAUCUGGAAAGAAAGUCAAGGCCCCUGAGGUUGCCGAGCAGCUGGCCAAAGGUCCUGGGGAGCCAUCCUGGACCUACUUCUGCGACUUCCAGGACAUCUCCCACGUGGUGCUAAAGGACUGUCUCGUGCGCAUCCACCUUCAGGACAACAAGUGCUUGUUGCUGUGCCUCCGUUCCCAGGCUGAAGCCCUGUCCUUUGUGGCCCUGGUGGAUGGCUAUUUCCGCUUGACCGCCGACUCCAGCCACUACCUGUGCCAUGAGGUGGCACCCCCACGGCUGUUGACCAGCAUCCAGAAUGGCAUCCAUGGGCCCCUGAUGGAUCCAUUUGUGCAAGCCAAGCUGUGGCCGGAGGAUGGCCUCUACCUGAUCCAGUGGAGCACCAGCCACCUCCACCGCCUGAUCCUCACUGUGGCCCAUCGAGACUCAGCUCCCAACAGCGGCCCCAAAGGUCUGCGCCUCCGAAAGUUCCCCAUCACCCAGCAACCUGGAGCCUUUGUGCUAGAUGGCUGGGGUCGCUCCUUCGACAGCGUGGGGGACCUUCGGACCGCCUUGCAGGGCUGCUCGCUGCGGGCUGGUGAAGACUGCUUCCCUUUGCACCACUGCUGCCUGCCCCGGCCAGGAGAAAUCUCCAACCUCUUGGUCAUGCGGGGGUCCAGUGCCCACACCCGGCCUCUCAACCUCAGCCAGCUCAGCUUCCACAGAGUUCACCAGGAUGAAAUCACGCAGCUGUCCCACUUGGGUCAAGGCACGAGGACCAAUGUUUACGAGGGCCUUCUAAGAGUGGGAGGCCCUGACGAAGGCAAAACCGACAGUGGAUGCCCUCCUGAGCCUGGCGGGGGCAGUGGGCAGCAGCUCCGAGUGGUGCUUAAAGUCCUGGACCCCAGUCACCAUGACAUCGCCUUGGCCUUCUAUGAAACAGCCAGCCUCAUGAGCCAGGUGUCACACAUGCACCUGGCUUUCCUGCAUGGUGUCUGCGUGCGUGGCUCAGAGAAUAUCAUUGUGACAGAGUUCGUAGAACACGGUCCCCUGGAUGUGUGGUUACGGCGACACAGGGGCCGAGUGCCUAUGACCUGGAAGAUGAUUGUGGCUCAGCAGCUGGCCAGUGCCCUCAGCUACCUGGAGGACAAGAAUUUGGUUCACGGGAAUGUAUGUGGCCGGAACGUCCUGCUGGCGCGGCUGGGGCUAGAGGAGGGUACCAGCCCCUUCAUCAAGUUAAGUGAUCCUGGCGUGGGCCAAGGUGCCCUCUCCAGGGAGGAGCGGGUGGAACGCAUCCCCUGGACAGCUCCUGAGUGCCUGUCUGGAGAGACCAGUAGCUUGGGUACUGCCACGGACAUGUGGGGUUUUGGUGCCACCCUUCUUGAGAUCUGCUUUGAUGGGGAUGCACCCCUGCAGGGUCGUCGUCCCUCCGAGAAAGAACGAUUCUACACAAAGCAGCACCAGCUGCCCGAGCCCUCAUGCCCGGAGCUGGCCACACUCACCCGCCAGUGCCUGACCUACGAACCAGCACAGCGGCCAUCAUUCCGCACCAUUUUGCGGGACCUCACCAGGCUGCAGCCACAGAAUCUAGUGGGUAUCUCGGCUGUGAACUCAGACUCAGCAGCAUCAGACCCCACGGUUUUCCACAAACGUUAUUUGAAAAAGAUCCGGGAUUUGGGCGAGGGUCACUUUGGCAAGGUCAGCCUGUACUGCUAUGAUCCAACCAAUGACGGCACUGGCGAGAUGGUGGCUGUGAAAGCCCUUAAGGAGGGGUGUGGUCCCCAGCUCCGCUCAGGCUGGCAGCGGGAGAUCGAAAUCCUGCGGACCCUGUACCAUGAACAUAUUGUCAAGUACAAAGGCUGCUGUGAGGACCAAGGUGUGCCAGGCCAUGGAGAGAAGUCUGUACAGCUGGUCAUGGAAUACGUCCCCCUGGGCAGCCUUCGGGACUACCUGCCCCGGCACAGCGUUGGGCUGGCUCAGCUCCUGCUCUUCGCCCAGCAGAUCUGCGAGGGCAUGGCCUACCUGCACGGGCAACACUACAUUCACCGAGACCUAGCCGCGCGCAAUGUGCUUCUGGACAAUGACAGGCUGGUCAAGAUUGGAGACUUUGGCUUAGCCAAGGCAGUGCCUGAAGGCCACGAGUACUACCGCGUUCGCGAGGACGGGGACAGCCCGGUGUUCUGGUAUGCCCCGGAAUGUCUGAAGGAGUGCAAAUUUUACUAUGCGUCAGAUGUCUGGUCUUUCGGGGUGACCCUGUACGAGCUGUUGACCUCCUGUGACGCUAGGCAGAGCCCCCCCACGAAAUUCAUGGAGCUCAUCGGCGUCACCCAGGGCCAGAUGACCGUGCUGAGGCUCACGGAGCUGCUGGAGCGAGGAGAGCGGCUGCCUCGGCCUGACAGGUGUCCGUGUGAGAUCUAUCUCCUCAUGAAGAACUGCUGGGAGGCAGAGGCCUCCUUCCGACCCACGUUCCAGAAUCUUGUGCCUAUCCUCAAGACAGCCCAGGAGAAGUACCAAGGCCAGGUGCCUUCAGUGUUCAGUGUGUGCUGACGGUCAAGGGUGUCGGGAUAGAUGGGCCCCACAGAGAAGCCUCCACACGCUCUACACCUUAAUCUUGCCCGGAAACCCCUACCAGUGAACGGACAACUUUUCCUUCCUUGACCAUGAACCUGAAAGGACCCUGGAUGUGCAAAAGGGCCAAGUGGAUCCUCGAGUCUUUCAUUUGGGUCUGUCCAUCGUCACAGUGGAGACCCAUCAACUUUACCAGCUGGGAGGAAACUGUUUGCUUUGCUGGACGCCCGAGGGCUUUGGGGUCCAUAUUCAGCAAGGUGGCACGGCUGGUGUGCAGAUAGAAUGAGACUUCAGAAGAGGCUGGACACUUCUGAUCACCCCUCAACCACCAGCCAAGCUGGGAUGUGACUGGCAAAGCCCAUGCUUAGCAGCAGGGAAGACCUGGGUUCCUUCCCUAGCAACCAAGCCACUAGCUAGAUCAGUUCCCAAUAGACAGAAGGCACCCGAUAACUGCUUGCUGGAGGCUGGGGAGAUGGCUCAGUCAGUGAAGCACUUACAGAAGUGCUUGCUUUGCAAGCAUGAGGAUGUGAGUUCAAUUCCCAGCUUGUCCCAGUACUGGGGAGGAAGAGACAGAAGCUCCCUGGGCUCACUGACCGGCAGCUUAGUCCGUUCAGUGACACAGCCAGUGAAAGUCCCUGCCUCCAAACAGGGUGUGACAGUACCCCAGGAAGAGUACCCAGAGUUGUCCCCCGAACUCUGCACAAACACAUGGCCACACACCUGCAUAUGCACUUGCCUACACACUCACAGGAGGGCCAUGUGUCACACAUGGAGGUACUGUGUGACCUCAGGUAAAUGUCUUGAUCUCUGGGCCUCAUGUCUCAACUAUGAGGAUGGUCAGCCUUUCUACCUCAUAGGACUGAUGAAGAGAGAGCACUGACGGGUGUGCUGAGACUGCUUAGGAGGAGACACAGAUAAGUGUUCAAUAAAUGUUUAUUGCCAUUC